CUUUCUCUGAGUUCUGCUUAUUCCGGCUAAACUCUAGAUUCAGUCAGGAAACAGAGGAAAGGCUUUCAGGUUUUCAAAUCCUGAACCAGUCGGGAUUCCUUAAAAACAGGCGUUUAGGGUUCAUUCCACUAAUGUGUCCCGUGCUGGUAGCCGUCACCCGGCUAGUGACGCAACUCGAUGCUCUCGCUGCCCGCGGUCGCCGGGAUAUCAAGAUGGCGGCGCCCAGGAGCUGUGUUCUAUGGCGCUACUGUGGCCGCGGGUGGUUGCGAGCAACAGGAGACUGCAGGCUCCCCGGGUUUCGUAGAUCCUGGCCCUGGGCCACGCUGAGUGCGCGGUACUUGUCCCAAGAGAAGCGAGCCACGGAAACGCACUUCGGGUUUGAGACUGUGACGGAAGAGGAGAAAGGAGGCAAAGUCUACCAGGUGUUUGAGAGCGUGGCCAAGAAGUACGAUCUUAUGAAUGACAUGAUGAGUCUCGGCAUCCAUCGUGCUUGGAAGGAUUUGCUCAUUAGGAAAAUGCACCCGUUGCCUGGGACCCAACUACUCGAUGUGGCUGGAGGGACAGGCGACAUCGCAUUCCGGUUCCUUAGUUAUGUUCAGUCGCAGCAGCAGAGAAGACAGAGGAGACAGCUGAGGACUCAGCAAAAUUUAUCCUGGGAUGAAAUUGCCAAAAAGUACCAGAAUAAAGAGGACCCCUUGGGAGGUUCACUGGUCAUGGUCUGUGACAUCAACAGGGAGAUGCUAAAGAUUGGAAAGCAGAAAGCCUUGGACCAAGGAUACACAACUGGACUUGCGUGGGUGCUGGGAGACGCUGAAGAACUGCCCUUUGAUGAUGACAGAUUUGAUGUUUACACCAUUGCCUUUGGGAUCCGGAAUGUCACACACAUUGACCGGGCUCUCCAGGAAGCUCAUCGGGUCCUAAAGCCAGGAGGACGGUUUCUCUGUCUGGAGUUUAGCCAAGUGAAUGACCCCCUUAUCUCCAGGCUUUAUGAUCUGUACAGCUUCCAGGUCAUCCCUGUCAUCGGUGAGGUCAUUGCAGGAGACUGGAAGUCCUACCAAUACCUUGUGGAAAGUAUUCGGAAGUUCCCAAAUCAGGAAGAAUUCAAGGACAUGAUUGAAGAUGCAGGCUUUCAGAAGGUGACUUAUGAGAGCCUGACUACAGGGAUUGUGGCCAUUCACUCUGGCUUCAAACUCUAGCCCCUUUUCUAUUGUGGAGCACAGGCCAGUCAUUUCUACUGAAGCCGGGGACAGAUCAUCUCCCUGAUGAGACAGCAGCUGAGUAUUCAUCUCCUCUUAAGGCCAUAAGACUUUGGACUCCUGUUCUGCACUGACCAGUCUCAUUAGCAGCUGCCCAGGCUGCUGAGGCCUUCUCCCAGAAACGUGUGGCCUGGUUUUUGCUGGACUCCUGCUAAGGUUUAGCUGUGCAGUGUGGGAGUCAGGGAAGACCAGCAUGAUUGCAGUUUCGGAGCUUAUUCCUAGCCUCUCCAUGACAGAUGUUUUCUAGAGGGAUAAUGGGUCACUGGAACCCAAGGAGAAUUUGAACCAGCCCUUCAGACUAGAAUUGAAUCUAGGGCCAACAGCCACCGUCCAUGUCAGAAUGCUGACAAUGUCAGCACCUCCCCCAGCCUUCGAGGUGCUCAAUAGUGAGCACCUAUGAGAAUGGGGCUGUAGGUGCAGCUCAGUGGAGCACACACCGUGGAGGCCCUGGGUUUGGCGUGUACCAGAAGCAAGCAACAGAAGUAGGAAUCUGGGAAGCAGUGAAGUUUACAAUUUGGGUGUGGUGGUUAUUCUUUCCUGGAAGAGGUGACACAAAUGUAUGUCUCCGUCCUGUCAUCAGUGCUCUGCACAGACGCCAUCCUCAGCUCCUGGCACUUACACGGUGGUUUCAACUCGAACUAGGGAAUCCAAUGCCCCCACCUGACCUGGUGGGCACUGUGUACACACACAUGCAGUGAUGUACAUAAAAAGUUAAGUAAAGCCACCAUGUGGUUGCUGGGAUUUGAACUCAGGACCUUUGGAAGAGCAGUCUGUGCUCUUAACCACUGAGCCAUCUCUCCAGCCCAUCUGAUGCUCUUUUCUGGUGUAUCUGAGGACAGGUACAGUGUACUUAAAUAUAAUAACAAAUCUUAAAAAAAAAAAAAAUUUUAAAAAAAGAAAAAGUUAAAUAAAAAUCUAAAAAAAAACUAUGAGCCCUGGAUGGCACAAAAUUGUGAUCUCAGCACUUAGGACUGAUACACACUGAGCCAAGCCUGCUGAGCAAGUUCCAGGCCAGCCAGGACUGCAUGUUGAACUCAUAGUUCUCUAGAGAAGCUUAAAAGAAAAAAAAAUUUACUAUGCAUAUAGCCUAGUUCCUCCAGUUCCAAGAAUGUCCUAGGCAGAGCUUGAUCUCAUUGCCUUCCAUUGUGAUAUUAAGGGAUCUUCUAUGUAUUUUGAACCUGACACUAAGAAACUACAGAAAACAGUCAGGUGAGGCAGUGCACACUUCUUAUCCCAGCACUCAGGAAGCUGAAGCCAGUAGGCUUUAUAUAAACAUGUUUGUUUGCUUGUUUUUUGUUUUUUUUUUUUUUAAGUUAUCUGAAAGGGCCUCAGAUGUUGCUUUUUGGCCCAGCACACUAGGGGUCAUUUAUAGAUCUCAGAACAGCAAAAGAGCAUGAGAAUAUGCUAAACCUUAGACAACAUUUUAUUUUGUUUUUCAGCCAACACUGGGAGAAACUCCAAACACCAUCAAACCAAUUUUAUUUCUAUAGCAACAUUUUCUCACAUCUGAACCUGAAAAUAAAAGUCACCAGCUCCUGACAGUAAACAAAGGCCUGACCAAAUUACAUUAGACCCUUCAGCAUCCAGCCAUAUGCCCUUCCAUUGGCUCUAGGGACUGCUGCUGGAGACUAUCAGUUAGUUUGAUGGCCAAAACCCUGUUGAACUUCAAAUAAAAUACAGUCAGGUCAUUAAGGAGGGAGCGGGAUUCCAUUCAUGGAAACAUUUUUACCUAUUCAAAUAGAUAAACUGAAUUUCCCUAUCUGUGGUCACCUGACUCCAAGUACCUCAUCUUUUACUAUACCUCAUAGUAGGAGUAUAUGUCAACUGUCACAAAAAACAGUGAAACUAUCAGGAGGGGUGUCCAUCUGCAAUCCCAGCACUUGGCAGGUGGACAAAAGAACACUAGUUUAAGAUUGUCUUUAACCAGCUGGGCAGUGGUGGCGCAUGCCUUUAAUCCCAGCACUUGGGAGGCAGAGGCAGUCGGAUUUCUGAGUUCAAGGCCAGCCUGUUCUACAGAGUGAGCUCCAGGACAGCUAGGACUACACAGAGAAACCCUGUCUCAGGAAAACCAACAAACAAAAAAUAAAAGAUUGUCCUUAACCAUUAGUUUGAGGGCAGACUGGACUUCCUAAGACACCGUCACAAAAAAAAUGCUUGUGAGAUGGCUUAUAGAAUAGACUUGCUGAGUCUUAGAAGAAUCUACACAGUAGAACACUGCUGACUCACACACAUACAGCAAAGCUCCACACCCCUGGUCCUAACAAAACACAAUGUCUACCCCAAGUUCAAAUGAAUAGAAAGACUUGCAAUGCCUAACUGCCACUCUGUGUAGCAGUU